GCGGGGUUGGCAGGGUAACGGGCUGGAGCUCCGUGCGGUCUGAUUUUGUUUUUGUAUAUAUUUUUAAGUAUAUUUAAUAAAACCAAAAGGGUAUUUUUUCAUUUUCCGAAGCAGGACGGCUUCUUGUUUGAAUAUCCGGUGAUAAAUCUGUCUUUAAUAUUUUGUAAGAAGGCUGGAAGAGCCGCUUUUGUUCGUGGCUGAGGUUUUUUUCUUCUUUUGGGAUUGACUGAUGGAAUGACGGAGUGUGCAGAGGAAGAGCAAAGAGCUUAAACACACACACACACACACACACACACACACACUGAGAGAGAGAGUGAGAGAGAAAAUGGAGAACAAAGAUCUGGAGAUGAGCUUGGAGGAGAAACUGACUCUGAAUGAUAAAGUUCUCAGUAGCUCUCCCAUUGACUCGACCCAGAAGCCGGAGAAACAGAACGAGGAGCACCUCAAAGCCGACGACACCACCGUCACCGAUUCCUCUCUGAUCACUGACCCCCCCUCCAAAACAGAACCAUGCGGGAAACCGGGCAGCAGACCCAGCACACCUGCAAACAGCGCCACCCCUCAGAACAAAAAAGAUGGCAUUAGCUCGGAGCAGAAACAGAAGCUGGCUAAACAGAGGAGAGAGGAGAGAUCCAAGUACCUGGAACAGAGAACCCAGGAGCAAGCGAUGAAGAAAGCUCAGUGGCUGGAGAAGGAGGAGAAGGCUCGGCGUCUGAGGGAGAGUCAGCUGGAGGAGAGGAGGAGGAGGCUGGAGGAGCAGAGACUCCGGGCGGAGAAACGCAGAGCACUCCUGGAGGAGAAACAGAGACAGAAACUGGAGAAGAACAAGGAGAGAUAUGAGUCAGCUAUCAAACGUUCGACUAAGAAGACGUGGGCUGAGAUCAGACAGCAGCGAUGGUCCUGGGCUGGAGGACUGAACCAGACGUCUCGCAGAGAGAGCAGAUGUUCGUCUUCCACCGUAAACCUGCCACGGCAGACAGAGCCUGUCAUUAGCAACAGGCUGUCCAAGUCAUCUGCGACGCUGUGGAACUCGCCCAAACGAACUCGUAGCCUGCGCCUGAGCCCAUGGGAGAGUCGCAUCGUGGAGAGACUCAUGACCCCCACACUGUCCUUCCUGGCCAGAAGCCGCAGCGCAGCCACACUCCUGAACAGCAGCGACCCAAAUCAGUGUUCCCGGUCACCGUCUGUGUCUCCGUUAGCCGCCUGCUCCCACCAGCACAGCACAGACCGCUGGAGUUCAAGCACACCAGACAUCACACAGCGCCAACGCAGACGCAACUCUACACCGGCUAAGAAGGAGAAGAAGGACAAGGAGAGAGAGAAUGAAAAAGAGAAGAACGCCAUCACUAAAGAGAAAGUGCAGAAGAAGAGACAGUCCGAGUCGAUCCCACGACCCAAACCCGAGCUCAGCACCAAUGUUAAACCGAAGAGCCGAGUCUCCUCCCCCGCACCCCCCAGGAGUCGCCCCCUGUCCCCAAGUCCUGCCAUAUCCCCCAAACCCCUAUCCACAUCCACCUCAGGACGAACUCCACCGGGGACUAAAACCCGACCCCGACGUGCACAGACCCCGGCCCGAGUGCAGCCGCCCGCCGUGAACGCCAUCACCGUUACCGAGACGAAGAAAGAACAGUCACCGGCUCAGAGCGGACCUGCUAAAGACGCCAAGAUUCCUGCCAUCACAGUCUCCAUGUCACCGGCGACACUGGCUCCUGCCCCCCAGCCAAUCACAGCAGCUCCUCAGACCCCGGAGACCACACCCACUACUCCACCUGACUCCACCCCUCCCAUUACCAAGCCAACAGCAGGUACUACAGACCCGGAGGAGGCGACCCGAGUGCUGGCGGAGAAACGACGGCAAGCUCGAGAGCAGAGAGAGAGAGAAGAGCAGGAGAGACUAGAGCAGGAGCAGAGGAACAGAGCUCUACAGGAGGAGCGUGCCCAGCGUGAGGAGGAGGAGAGGAGGCGCAGGGAGGAAGAGCAGAGGUUAAUGGCAGAGCGACAGAGACUGCAGGAGGAGAAGGAGGCGGAGGAGAGAGCUCGAGCCGAGCAGGAGGAGAACACGCGUCUCCAGAAACAGAGAGAGGAGGCGGAGUCGAAGGCUCGAGAGGAGGCGGAGCGUCAGCGUCUGGAGAGGGAGAAGCACUUUCAGAAGGAGGAGCAGGAGCGUCUGGAGAGGAAGAAGCGUCUGGAGGAGAUCAUGAAGAGAACCCGUAAGAGCGACGCAGGAGACAAGAAAGAGGCCAAAGCUCCAGCGCAGAUCAACGGCAAAGACACGAAUUCUGUCACCGCUCUGAAUCCAUCAGUCAGUCACAACAACAGCACUCCAGGUUUAAACCAGUCCCAGGGAGAGCUGAAAACGAGCCCGGUGUCCUGGAACUCUGGAGCUCCUCUAGUCAACGGUGUCCAGGACACCAGACACCACAAUGGCCUGACCUCCGACAGAGAGUCAGCUGACUUCGAGGAGAUCAUCCAGCUGACAAAUCACAGCAGCAGCAACAGCAACGGGCAGGGUCAAUCACAGAGCAGCAUCACUACCGACCCCAUCAUGGCCUUCGAGGGAGGAGAGCCCUUUAUUAUAAAGACGGGGCCAAUGAAGCCUCAGCAUGUGGCAGAAGUGCUGUGAGGAAUCAGACGAGGUGUGUACGCCAGGCAGACGAGCGCCGAGUGUGUGUGUGUGUGUGUGUGUGUGUGUGCCAAACCGUCAGAGAGACACCACUUCAACUGACUGAAAGAGAAAGACGUGGACCUUCAGCUUACUUAUGUACCAUAUAAGAAAAAAACCCCAGUGUUCUCUGUCUUUCUCACUGCGUGUGAUGGUGCAGCGGUGUUCAGUUUAAUCCUCAACGUCACCCAGAGUCGUCGUGUUGCACCUUAAAGACUGCCUGAUGGAUUUUAGAGACAAAACAAAACAAAAGCAUUACGGUUAUUUGAGUAUUGUUAUGAGAAUUAAUUAUUGUUAUUGUCGUUGUUCUUAUACUAUAUCAGUAUUUUGUUUUCUUUUAAAUUCAGAAAUAAACUCUGUGUGUGAGUGUGUCUUGAACUCUUGAGUUAUUUGACUUGAGAGAGAGAAGCUGAGAGAGAGAGAGAGAGAGGUUUGAUUAUGUAAAUGUAUAUUUGCCUGACCUGUGGAAUAAAUCUUUAUUAAAAAGGGA